UUCUUUUCUGUUCAAUAGUAAAGACAAUUGUUCUUUUGGCUACUUGCUUACAAGCCGUUUGCUUAUUUGCCUCAGUGAAACAAGUAUUUGUCCUUGUCUAUGUACAGUACUGUUUAAACCAUAAAUUGCAAGCCUUUUCUCUUCUUCAUCUUUUUCUAUAUUAAAUUUCUUUAGUAUGACAGUCCCACUGCUUUGUUUGAGUGGGUAAUUCUGAGCAGUUAAUUAGUUUGGAUUUUGUUAAAAAUUUGGUUCGGUGCUCUUAUUUAUCGAGCUUUUGAGUGGCCAUAUAAAUAACAAAGUGCACUAGGUUGUUUCAUUGUCUAUAUUAACAAUGAAAGAAGAAGAAGUGAACAGAUGUCAGAUUCAAGAAUGGUACCCAAAAUUCAAGUCUUUAUCGAUCAGAACUAUAACACAUGAGCUUCCGGAAUCUUUUGUUGAGUACCUUCUUGAUGAUUCAGGGCCAUUUGUCCUCCCUAUGUCUGUCUCAAAUGAAGAUGCUUUACCUAAUAGAGUUCAUAAUCCUAUAGAUGAAGAAGAUUAUCAAGUUUCAGAAGGUUCUGGAGAUGAAGCAGAGCAACCUCAAUCUCCUCCUUCUUUUCCAGAACUUGAAUUGAAGAUUAAGCAAUCAAUCGAAACCCUUGGAGGUGCAGUUUUUCCUAAACUAAACUGGAGUUCACCGAAGGACUCUGCUUGGAUUAGCAUGUCUGGGACCCUUCGGUGCACUUCAUUCAGUGAGAUUGCACUAUUGCUGCGGUCAUCUGACUCAUUGGUCCACGAUUUGUGCCACGCAUAUGAUUCGUGCAGUGAUAAGAUCUUGUCAAGACCCUCAAGUUUCUUCCUUGCGCUUCGGAAGUGGUACUCCGAUUUGUUGCCUGAGAUGGAAUUUCGGUGCUUUGUAUGGGGUAAUCGACUUGUUGGAAUCUCACAGCGUGAAGUCACUACAUGCUAUCCUAUUCUCCUUGAGAAGAAAACUGAUCUUCAACUACUAAUUGAGGAAUUUUUUCUGGAUAAUGUGAGGAUGAAAUUUGAAUCAGAGAAUUACACCUUUGAUGUUUAUGUCACGAAGGAUGAGCGUGCUAAAAUUGUGGACUUUAAUCCCUGGGGUGCAUUUACACUUCCUUUGCUCUUUACUUGGGAGGAAUUGGAGCAGGAUGUGAGAGAAGGGGCCAGCACAGACUUCAGAAUUGUGGAAAGCCAAUGUGGAAUUCGACCAGGUCUGAAGACAGCAGUACCACAGGAUUAUUUGGAUACUAGUCCAGGAAGUGGUUGGGAUCAGUUUUUGAGGAAAGUUGAUGCUGAGUUCCAGCAGCAAAGGAUAUCUCAUGAAAAUGGAGCUGGUGCUUGAGGAUUUUUAGCUAUUUUUCUUGUGUUGACUCUGAAGUUAUUGUGCCAUUGUUCUUAAUACAGUGUUUGUGAACUAGGUCUUUUUCUUGGGAUUGGUUUUGUUGUAAAACAUUUUUGAAUUUUGGAAAUCAUUUGAGCAGAUACAAUGA